CCACGUACGACCCCCGAGGACAAUACCGACCGAGUUUGCAGUCGUGCCAGCUCGAAACCCCGUCUAAACCAUCGGGAUCCACCGCAUCCAUCCCGCCGUGUAUGCGCUGACCGUUCCAACUGUCUCCCGAUGUCAUUUUCCGAGGCCCCCUUCUCGACCAUAAAGCACAAAUGGGAACACGGUGAUCCAGCUUUCCUGCGCCGUUUGGCGGUCAAGGUUGAGAAGUCUGGCGUGUGGAAUGAGAGUCUGUCUGAUGUGGAGCGAUUGUCUAUGCUGGAGGCUUUGAACGAUGAGGCAAAGUGGGAGAAGUUCAUCGAGGGACAAGUUGAGAGUUCUUCAAUCGACCCUACAGAGCCCUCGCAACCACCGCCAUCAGCACCAAGCUCUGACACGAUCGCGCCCGACGCCCUUGACACAGCUUUCGACGCAUUAACCUCCGCGUUUCGGGCGCGGUGUCUGCUUUAUGAGCAGUCAAUACCGCUACUCUUCCCAACGGACCGUACAUGCUGUCAGAUGGAUCCUGAAAUUGAGCUCCUUAUUGAGGAAGAGGAAAGGGCUGAUGCCUCAGCGGUAGGCGCGUCGGGUUCGGGCGAUGCUGUGAUGACAACGCCGCCCGCGCCUACUAGACGGGCAGGAGACGAUGAUGAUUACGAUGAGGACUACGACGACCCUGAACCGCAGACGUCGGCAACGAGCGAAACAAUAAGCUCAGGUAAGCCGGCGUCAGACCCAAUACAACCAACGCCGACAUCUCACAAACCAUCGCUGGCAACGAUUUAUCAUACGCUAGAGCACGACCGGAGAACGAUGGUCGAGCAAGCGAAGCUCGAUGAAUCUGAUCGGCAAGUGAAUGCGGAUGUCGACGUGCAUGGAGCCAGGGACGGUACAAGUGGAUCUGGGAGAGGGAUCAAAGGUGAUUUCGGUGCCGCGAAUCUCAGUUUGAAGCAUCUCCUUUCAGCUAUCGAUGCUAAACGGGAAGCGUUAACGUUGUCCGAUACUGAAUUGCGUCACCUCCUGUCCGAAGUCAGGAAGAACAGAUCGAAAUGGGCUUCUGAAGAAAAAGUUGGCCAGGAAGAACUUUAUGAGGCUUGCGAACGCGUCGUUCUGGAGCUCCGUGGUUACACCGAACACUCAACGCCGUUCUUGAACCGAGUAAGUAAGCGUGAAGCCCCAGAUUAUCACACAAUCGUGAAGAACCCUAUGGAUCUGGGCACGGUCAUGAAGAAGUUGAAGGCUUUGCAGUAUAAGAGUAAGGAGGAGUUUGUACACGACUUGGAGUUGAUCUGGAACAACUGCCUCCUAUAUAACGCCGACCCCGCCCACUUCAUGCGAAAGCAUGCUCUCUCGAUGAGAAAGAAAAUGCAUACGCUUGUUCCGCUGAUUCCUGACAUCACCGUACGAGAUCGGGCUGAGGUGGAAGCAGAAGAAGCUGCGCAAGACGAAGAAAACGAGGCUGAACCUGAGCCUGAAGUAAGAGCGAGUAGGAUGGCAGCUGGAGGCAAGUCAACGAAGAAGAAGAAGAAGUCUAGUGCGGAAACGACGGCCGAUCGAGAAGGAAGUCCGGUGGAUGAGCAUAUGACUGGGACUGAAACAAGACCUGGGAUACCCGCUCGACACAGCUUUGGAGGCUCGGUUCCUCCACCGUCUCUUGAAGCUCUGACGAAUGGAGUUAACGGGCAUUCAGCUGGUACCCCGCCAAUUGAUCCCGCCCUCGAGAAUUCGCAGAUGGAGAUAGACAACGCACCCCAAUCGGAGGAACUGGGCGCCGCGGUGGCGGAUCCAGCGGACGAAGGUGACAGGAGUGAUUCUCUUAUGUGGAAGUCACUCACCAAGAAACGCCGUGCGGGAUUGUGUAGUAAGCGACAUAAGCUUCUGAGGAAUGGCAAACUGAACGAGGAUUAUCCAGCGCUUGUAAGGGACAGGAAAGCGAUGCAGAGGUUUUCCAUGUGGGAGAUGAGGCAUCUAGGACUGAACCUUGAGGCGGAAGAAGGAAUGGGGGGACUCAGCGGUGUGGAGGACGAAGGAGAAGCUGAUGCUGAGGUGUAUCUGGCAGAGUAUCAGGUCAUGGCUGGUUUACCAGACAUAUCUCCUGCGCUGGCGGACGAUGGUGAAGACGACGAAGAAGCGGACGAGAUCUCAACUGCUGAUCCAAGGAUUCAGCCACCAGGUGGAGAGGUAUUGAAGAGAAUGGACGCGAAUGUGUUGGAGUUGAGAAAAAUCAGGAAAGUGUGCACGAAACUUCAGAUCAUCAAGCAGUUGCAACAGCAGAAUGCAUUUCAUGCGAACCACCAUCGCGAAACCAAUAUCGACGACCCGCUGGGCUUUGACAGGGUGGAUCCGGAUCCACCUGCGUUACCGCGGGAUACGCUGAUGUCGGAUGAUUUGGCACGAUUCGGCAUGGAAAGAGUUAUUGGGAAGAUGCUAUAUGAAGCUGGCUUCGAGGAGUACCAGCCUUUGGCGCUGGAUGCAGUGACCGAUAUCGCGGCUGAUUAUCUGUUCAGGAUUGGGAAGGUUAUCCGAACUUAUAUGGAUGCACCAUGCAGUCGUGACUUUACGGACGACGAGAUCAUCAUGCAUGCUUUGCAAGAAGGGGGUGUUCCAGACAUUGAGGCGUUGGAAUCUUACAUCAAGGAUGAUGUUGAGCGUCGUGGAAUCAAGCUCGAAGAGACACACAAGCGCGCUAUGAACUACCUUGUGAAGGAGUUACGUCCUGUUGGGACCGAAGGCACCGAGGGUGAGAAUCAGUUCAAGGACAACAGUGAGAAGUUCGUGUCUGGUGAUUUCGCGGAGGAGUUGGGUGACGAUUUCUUUGGGUUUCGCGAGCUGGGGCUGGACAAGGAGUUCGGCAUGUUUACGUUGUCUGUUCCGUUGCACCUGUUGCAAGGACGUGCUCAGAAUGGAUUUCCGAUGGCACAGUUCGGUGCGAAUCGACCUGUCGAGGAACAGUACGAGCCGCCGCCGCCGUUUGAUCCCGUCACCUAUGAGGUGGCACAACUUCAGAUUGGCCUCAUCAAGCCGUACUUGUUCUCUCGUCUUGAGUACGCAGACGAAGAUGCCAUCAUGGAAGACGAAGACAUUCCCCCGAAGAAGAAGCCACCCAAGCCCAGGCUCCCACCAAGCGGGAAGAUCACCUCGCCGCGGAAAAGGCCCGCACCCUCCGUUUUUGCAAGCAAGAAUAACAAAAAGAAGAGAUUGGGGCCUAUACCGCAGCUGGAGCAUUCUGAGUCGAGGGCUUCUGAUGGACAGUCGGCAUAUGUGUUUUCGCCAUAG